AUGGCCGCAGAGGUUGAAGAGCAUCUGGCCCCUGGUGGUGCUGACGAGGUCAAGCCAUAUAAGAUACACUUUUCAUCUAAAUAUUUAGAUCUCACAAAGCAGAAGCUGGAGACUACCAGACUACCUCAUGAGUUUUCAGAACCGAAAUCGAAAGAUUGGUGGGAACCAAAAUCUCAUGUAGAGCCACUCAUUGAUUUCUGGCUUGAACAAUAUUCCUGGCGAACACAAGAGGAUCUCUUAAACACCGAGUUACCUCAAUUUCGUACCGUAUUCUCAAUACCAUCAUCUGAAUCACAUACAAGGAUUCACUUCAUCCACGCUCAUUCACCUCAUAUAAAUGCGAUACCACUUCUUUUGAUACCCCCAUUCCCAUUCUCAAGCCUCUCUUUUGGACACCUCAUCAAAUUGUUUACGGAACCCGAAGAUCCUGUGAAAAAUCAGCCCUUCCAUCUAGUUAUACCAUCUCUUCCAGGUAUAGCAUUCAGCGAUGCGCUUCCAAACAACACCCCCGUCAUUUCAUCCACCGCGGAUAUUCUAAACUCACUAAUGAGUCGCCUCGCAUAUCCACAUUAUUUGGUGACAAAUGCAAGUUCCGGAUCUGCCUCACCAGCGGAGAUUGAUUUUAAACUCGUCAAUCACCUAAUAAACUAUUAUCCAAAUUCUUGCCUAGGCGCUCAUCUCAUUUCUCCCCCGUUGGCAAAGCCAAAACUCCGAGAGGCACCUGUUGAGUGGGCGAAAUGGUCUAUUGCAAGUCUAUUCAACGCCCCUAUUCUUGGAUACCGCAGUGAAGACUUUUCUGCUCUCGAGCGGAAUGGAUAUGUCCGGACAUCAAAGAAAGCGCCAACGCCUGCUCAACUCGGAUUAAACCAGCUAAACUUCCGAGAACCUAAUACUCUAUCUUAUGCGCUAUGCGACUCUCCGACGGGCUUAUUAGUCUUCAUAUUGAAAACCCUCUACCUCCUAAGCCCCAGAAAGAAAUUCACACCAACGGAAUUGAUUAACUUCACCCAGCUUGCUUGGCUACCCGGUCCAGAAUCAGCGCUAAGAUUCUGGGCGCAUUGCGUAAGGCAUCCGGAGGAAGCAGAAAAGAAGGUGACACUAAAACCGAAAGUCGGGAUUACGGUCUUCUUAGGCGAUAAACCUAGUGUGCAAGAUCCAGCCGAAACCGCGGCGGAAGUCGAUGGGCUGGUUCUGGAUGAGGCCAAGGAUAGCUAUAUUUGUCCUAGCUGGGCUAAUGCGAAAUAUAAAGUAGUGUAUACCAAUCGCGUCGCUGGCAGAUCGGGACUUCUGGCCUGGGAACGACCUGAAGUCAUCGUUGAAGGUAUAAGAGGAGUUGCUGCUUCUAUCUUAAAGUUGGAUCCUCGACUCCGGCCGUCUUCGGCACCGACAACUACUCCACUAGAGCAAGUGGUAGUACCUAGCGACGCAGGGGCUGGCGAACAGCCAGUAUCUCCACAGACAAAGCCGACCCCAACACUCCUAUCACCACCACCACCUGUUGUAGGAGAACGAGUCCAUCCACGUCGGGCGAUCAGCGGGGAGACCGCAGUCGCAAGCAGUGAGAGUGUUGCCGAGGGAGCACGCUCUCCAACACUAGAAAUACCCAAUCCAGCGCAUCCUGUACCGCCUACCAAGAACACGGCUGUAGAACAGCCGGAUAACGAAGGAUAG